AUGAAAGCAUCAGGGAGCAUUGAAUGUUUCAUGGCCACGGACACUGAAGACAUAGAGACGACUGACCUGCAAUCCAACGGCACAAUAUGGACGCAUCUGAGCACCACAAGACAGGGUUGUUGCCGAAAGCCUGUCCGAAUUGCCGCCGCCGCAAGGUUCGGUGCAAUCGUGUCCUCCCUUGCUCCAACUGCUUGGCCUCCGGACUCACAUGCCGGAAUGGGCUGGCCUCUGCUACACAGCCAGUGGAGACUACCGUUUAUUCCAGACACGCAAUCAUCAUCUGUGAUGUCCGAGUUGGCAAACUUGCAAGAUUCAGGGGUGUUCUCCUUUUACGGUUUAUAUGGUCGCAGUCAGUUUGAGGACCUCUGCAGAAGAGUUUACUUCCCGAUUGAACCCAUCACGAAGGAUGAGCUCGUCCUCUUCUACGGCGCGAUCAGUAUUUUCGCAAGGAGUGUCGACCUCUCUCCAGAACAUCAGAUCAACAAGCAAGAGCUAGAAUUCGCUCGCUGUCUCUGCGAGAAGAAGUUCCUCCAGGGUGUUCAGACGUAUGAGGUUAUGGCAUUGCCUAGUCGCGAACGGGUUUCCACCGCGAAGAAUGUAUCGAACAAUUUCCCGUCCAAGAGGCUGAUGCAAUCCGGCGAAUAUUUUGACAUCCGGCAGGUGUCCAUCUCCGAAGAUCCCAAACGAGCCCGAUGGGAUCGUGCAUUUUUGGCUUGUACGAAGAUGGCACACCUUCAAGGGUGUCUUUACGACGGGCUCUACUCAACAGCUGCAAGAAAGCUCACUACGAAAGACAGGCAAAACGUGGUGUCCGACUUAGCAGCAAAAUUAACUCAAUGGUAUGAUGACUGGCUUCACAUCAUUAGCUCCGCCACCUUCGACAAGGAUUCGCUAGAACGAACCUUUGAACCUAUGCACAUUGUUUAUUAUUCGGUACUCACUCUGCUGUAUCGAGGAGAGACCAUCUCAAACUCUGCCGCCCAGAUAUCGCAGCGCUGUUUCGAGGCUGCUCGACAUGGAUUACAAGCUCACCUGGCCUACUAUCCGAAAAUCGUCUCUUCAGGAUCUCAAAUGUCCUCAUACUUGUUAUGUGCCUCGGAUGGUGACGAUCUUUCUCUUCUCAAGGAGGUCCUUGACACACUGGACCAUAUUAGCUCGAGUCAGAGGCAUUCGCACAAACAGUACGAAUUGUGCAAAGCUCUAUACCGAACGGCAGAGGAACAUCUUGCCCCUCGAUUGUCGAUUUGUGCUCCUGAACACUUCGGGCACGCGGACUCGGGCAACUGGGCGUGGUUCGACACUAAUGAGCUGUUGGAUCCAUUUAUAGCUGGUCGAGCCGUCGAUUGGGACAGUAGUAUGAACCUGGAUAAUAUCAUAUAUAAUCUAGGCAACCGCGUCGGAGAGCACAAUACCUGA